CAAGCAAGAUGGUAAACACUCUCUAUAGAUACACACACUUGCUGUAUUAUGAGGACUAUAAGAUUAUGUGCUUUAUAGGAGGACAGCUUUCAACGCCGUUACAAUGAAGGACAUAUUGCUUACAUUUGCACUUGCUAUUCAUGACUAACGCUACACUAUUUUCAAAAGAACUCCUAUGACGCCUAAUGAUAAACUGUUAUAUACGCAGYUUUGAAGUUCAGAAUUUGUCUGAUAUACAAUGCAAUGCACCAAGACCUCCUUUGGCACAUCAAUACUAGUAAUCUUAACCAUGGUUUUACUUAUGAUGUAUUACACCGAUCACAAGCCAACGACACACCUAGAAUCUCACACUUCAGUACCGCAUCAUCGACAUAAAACACAAGGGAAUAUAACAGAAGACUGUAAAAUACAUGUUGAAAGUCUUGUACGAAAAAUGAUGGAAUCUUAUGGACUAUCAGAGAAAACUCGUGGAGAAGGUACCCUAAAUUCUGCGAAGAACGUCUCAACUCGUGGAUCUAAUACGACAAAUAUCAUUGAUAAGAACGUACGGAAGGUAGUUUUAGCGUAUACAAUGUACUUUGGGCAAAAACCCUGGGGAUGGAUGAAGAAUACGCACGAAUUCAAUCACUGGCAAGGAGUUAAAUGUCCUUAUUAUAACUGCGAAUUGACGUUUGAAAGAAGAGACCGUCCACGCAGCGACGCGUUGAUAUUCCACGCGCGCGAUAUGCCGUUUAUAGAUACAUUACGUUACGCGUUAGAACGCAAGAGUCCUACGCAAAAGUGGAUAUACUUUGCUAUGGAGAGCCCUAUGAAUAACCCACUAACAAGCCGUUUUAAUUCUAUGUUUAAUUGGAUUAUGACGUACCGCAGUGACUCGGACAUAUUCAGGCCGUAUUCUUAUUAUUUUGAAUCGAAACAUAUUCCAUUGGUUCAGGAUGUCAAAGAGUACAUGGAAGGGAAAGAUCGUCUAGUGUUCUGGGCUUCAAGUCGUUGUGGUCUUAUGAGAGAUAAAUUUGUGAAGAAAUUAUUAGAAUACAUGAAGGUAGACGUAUUUGGCGCCUGUAAGAAAGCAGUUGGAGCUUCAAAUAAGGACAAAUGUCCAAAGAACUCCGAAAGGUGCGAGAAAAAACUCAAACGAUAUAAAUUCGAACUAGCCUUGGAGAAUUCCUACUGCGUCGACUACGUGACCGAGAAGUACUGGGACGCAUUGAAGCGAGGAGUAGUCCCAGUCGUACUCGGUGGCGCUAACUACAGCAAAAAAGAUAUCGCGAUUCCUGGAUCAUUUAUAAACGCGAUGGACUUUAAAACUGUGAAAAAGCUGGCGGAAUAUUUGAUCUAUUUACAUAAGAAUGAAACGGCUUAUCUGGAAUAUUUCAAGUGGAAAAAUAAGUACCGCAUUGUCGACUAUCCACCAUGGAACUGCAUCCUCUGCGCGCGUCUGCACCUUGAUAAUAAACCUAAGGUGUACACGUGGUUGGAUACUAUAUGGAACGCUAACAAACAGUGUGGAAUACACCGGAAAGAACUACAAAAAAUGGUUCGACCACGGCCCAGAACGUUUGAAUAAUAUUUCACAAAUAGAAACUGAUACCCACUCCUGAAAAUGCUCCUCUUAGAAGCGCGAGGUGCAUUAUGGGAAGAGCGAGGGCAAAUUCAGUUAUACUUCCCAUCAACUCCUUCAAAAGCAGGAGAAAACAAGUGGAGUCUCUAAAAGCGCAUAAAAACGUUUGCUAAACGGAUAUAUUUUUAAACAUUAGUUAAUGCUCUUGCAAAAAAAGGCAGAUAAAGUAAUAGAACGGUCGUAAUAGGUCGAAAUAUGUACACUACAAAUUAUAGAAAGAACAAUUUUUUUACAAUCUAAUAACAAUCGAAAUAUUGA